AACAGGCCACCCAACUCCCAGAACUGGGUCCCCUGAAAUCUGCUCUGUCAGCUGCUGCAGUUGCUACCAUUCUCAGAACCCUCACCAUGAAAGGCCUUCUGCUGCUCGCCUUGUCUUCUUUGCUGUGCUGGGUCUCAGCCCCCCCCCCCUCGGCUCAGCCCCAGGUGAGUCAGACACCCCAUCACCUCAGCCUGAUUUGUGUCUUCCCAGCUGACAUUCGCUGUCACUCCUGCUACAAGGUCCCUGUUCUGGGCUGUGUGGACCGGACGUCCUGCCGUCUGGAACAAGGACAGAAAUGCCUGACAACAAAUGUGUACCUCGGCAAGAUGUGGGUUUUCUCCAACCUUCGCUGUGGCACACCUGAGGAGCCCUGUCGGGAGGCCUUGAACCAAACCAACCACAAGCUGGGCCUGACCUAUAACACCACCUGCUGCGAGAAGGACAACUGCAACAGCCCGGCCCCUCGGCCCGCCCCGGCCCUGGGCCUGGUCCUCCUCGCCUCCUUGGCUGGCGUUGGCCUCUGGCUGCUGCACUGACACUCACUCCUCCCCCUGCCUCAGCCUGAGCCUCUCUCCCUGUGUCUCCGGAUCCCCUG